AUGUUUAAUGUGAAAGGGGCCCUCAAUAGGCUAAGAACUACGUGGAGCAAUAGCGAAGAAUCAGAUCGAGAUCCGCGGCAUUUAAAGUCUAGCGAUGAUCUUAGCAAUUACACAGGCUCUAGGAUGUCUUAUGAAGAAACACUUCCGCCUGUUACACUUCUAGGUUAUUCUCCAAAGACUAAGAAUAGACUCUUGCAUCCUGAGAUGUGUGAUGAACUGCGGCCACUGAUGCCUACUAGAAUUCAACUCUACACUGAGUGGACAUUAUUAUACAGUUUAGAACAACAUGGUGCAUCUCUACAUUCACUCUAUGAUAAAUUAAGGGAGGAUGCAAGCACACCAAGGAGGGUUGGCUAUGUCCUGGUGAUCAAGGACCGGAAGGAUGGUAUCUUUGGUGCGUAUUCGAAUGAACCUUUCCAUCCACAUGAGCACAUGCGAUACAGUGGAAAUGGGGAAUGUUUCCUUUGGAAAAUGGAAAGCGUACCAAAUAAAAUACUUCGCGCAAAAAUACGAGAAGAUAAAGAUGAGGACUUGAUCGAUGUAAAUGAUGAUGAAGAUAAAAUUAAUAAUUCAGGGACAGUUAACGAGUCCUGGAAGCUAUGUGCUUACCCAUAUACUGGUGCCAAUGACUUCAUGAUAUAUUGUACAUCCAAAUUUUUAUCGCUAGGUGCUGGUGAAGGACAUUACGGCCUUUGGUGUGAUGAUGGCUUAAUGAAAGGUGUCACAAACCCAACUCAAACUUACGGUAAUGAUGUCCUCAGCCGGGAGGGCAGGAAGUUCACCAUAAUGGGAUUGGAAGUCUGGAGAGUCGGCUAG